CACAAAAAUAUGAUUUCCUAACAUGGAAAGAUUAUCACAUGUAGCUAUUCCAUUUGUCUCGGGUGAAACAAGCAGAUAAAAAUGUAGUUAUUGCUGCAUUAUGAAAAAUUCGCUACAGAGAUCAGAAAAGUGGCUGGCUUUUGGGUCAUUCUGCAACCAGUUUCUGAGUCUUCAGAAUUGCUAAGGACACCUCCAAACAUUAUAAGAAUGGUGGUUAGACUUCCCUAGAGUCAUAUUCAAUAAUUCAGUGGGCCUCAGAGCCAGAUGGGAUGAAUUUAAAGUAAUGAUAUGGGAUUUAUCCUCUGUUUGUGUGGUACUUCAGUGGGGAACUUGCUUAGUACAAUGAAAAAUAGAGCAAUGGUACAUUGAUAGUUUCCUACCCAAGGAGUUUUUUCCAUACUACCAUGGCCACAUCAGAGCAUUUAGACAAAGACUGGACCUCAGUGGAUCCUCUUUCACCUUUUAUUUUAUUGAUAUGUCAUUGACAGUGAAUGCAUCUUAGCAUUAUAUUGCAUGAUCUCUUGCAGUUCCACUAUUGUUAUUGUUUCUCAGACUAUUCUACUGGUGUUCCUCGUUUUCACUGACUGGUAUGGUUUUCCACCCUCUUUUCACAUCCAAUUUUGAUUAUUGCUCUUUGGGCUAAUUUACAGAUGUUCUGUUCCUUUGUUAACUGGCAGCCCUUCUGUGUUUCAAUAUUCUAGAGGUGGCUUUCCCUGUUGUGUAUGACACUUUUGAUGCAUCUUUUAACACCCCAUAUUGACCUUGACUUUUUGCAUUUGCCUCUUUUGAGCAUAUCAAAAAACCCUAUAGGGGUUAGUGCCAUCAAUGCACCUCAUUCGGUGCAAUGUUGGCAUUACUUAAGGUUCUUUGCAGCUUCUCUUUGGCCCCUGGCUGUAACUACUUUCAUUCCUUUUACUGUACAUCCAUUCAUUUUCUCUUUCUUCCAUCUUACUGUUCACCCUCUCCUAACAAUUGUUUCAUAGUGCAACUGCGAGGUUUUCCUCCUGUAACACCUUUCAAACCUUUUACUGUCAAUUUCCAUUUCAGCGCUGAAUGGCUCUUAGUUGCCCCAGUGCUUGGCAUAAUGCCAAAUAUCUAUAUAAAUCAAAUCAAAUCAUAUAAAAAAAGUGCAGGUUUAUUCUUUGAAAUUAUAUCAGGAUGCUGUUUAGAAAUGUGUGUGUAUAAAUGAAGCUUGUACAGAAUUGGUUCUAAAAUAAGAUUUAUCUAGACAUCACAAGCUUAGAAAUAUAUUCACAUAUUAAAAUCAACAAUCAUCUCUUUAAAAAGGAAAACAGUGAAAAUGACAUUCAUGAAUUAUUUUCUGAGGGAGACCACCUUUUAGAGUUUAAAACUGCAGGGUUUUAAAGAAACAUUUUUAGCAACUAUGUAAUCAAGAAAGAUAAUACAGUAGCUUUCAUUUUCUUUCCAACUCGGAAAAUUCUUUUAGAAAUCUUUUAGUAACAGCUAUUUUUUAAUUUAUUUCAGGUUCUUUCAACUGUUGCUGCAUCAUCACGCGAGGCUUCAUGUUUGUCACCUGCUCCAGUUAAGGGAUUGUCACCAUUCAUGUCUUCUAUUACUACUAAUUUCCCACUACCGCCAGCCUCUCCAGCUCAGUUUAAUCUUGGUGUUCCUACAUCUGCCGUUUCUGGUGUUGAAAGUCAUCAACACCAGGGUUCUUUACAUACCUCAUCAUUUCUUAAAUUUCCCUCAAUAGGCUCUCCACCUAGGACACCAAAUUUAGAUGAUCCAUUUGAGCAAUUAAGAGUUAAAUAUGAGUGUAUAUCACCUCUCCCUGACAUUCGUCGAGAAAGCCAAAAUGAAUUUGAGUUUCCUCCAACCCUACCAGUUCCAAGUGAGUUUGCCGAUCUGUCCAGGAAGAAUAGCGUUCAGGAAUAUAGUAGGAAAAACAGUGUGCAGGAAAGCAGUAGAAAAAACAGUAUGCAUGAGAAAGAUUACGGAGACGGGGCUUGUAUUGCCAUAGAAGAUAUUGAAGUUCGAAUUCAGUCAUCCACAGAUAAUCUUAUGGAAGUUGGAGGUGAUGAAGAACCAUAUGCAUUUGAAGAAAAAUCAAUAUCAGAAAUAAGAGACUCUCUGGCAAGUUCUUUGAAUAAUUCUAUUGAUAUUGAUGAGGAUAUGGAAGAGCCAAAGGAAGAAGAGAGGGAGGUUGAAGGUGGUGAUGAAGAGGAAGCAGAGAUAGAAGAGGAGGAUAAAGAAAAAACUGAAACAGGUGAUAGUGACGAAACAGAUGACACUGUUAGAGAAACUCAGAGAACAGGAAAUAAAGAGGGGGGUAAUUUUGAAGAUACGACUCCUGAAGGGGAUGCAAGUGUAGCAGAAGAGACAUCUGUGAAUAGCAUGUCAGAUCAAGAUGCCAGGGAGAAAAAGCAGGAAUCCCCAGACUGGCCAUCACCAACCAGAGAACAGCCUCAUGGUGAAGAAGCGGAAUUUGAAGAAAUAAGAACACCAACUGUUCCUUUAGCUGAGGAGGAACAUUUGGAAACUUUUGACGAUGGAGAGGAAAUGGUCCCCCCUACCUCAGAACGUUACGUAGAAGGUGCAGAAGCUGGUACGGAUGAUGAAGUUGACGAGAAAGCUACAAGACGCAUCUCUACUGGUUCAACUUUUAAGAGCCCUGCUACUGACAUCUCCAAUUUGAGUGUCACUUCAUCUACUACUUCAGGGAGAGAAAAGUGCAAAGGCGGAGAUAGUGCAGCCCAAGGACCAUCCAGCCGAAAGAAUGGAAGGGGUUCUGCCGGUGGCCGAUCUUCUCGGAGACACCUUCCCAUCAUCAACCCUCUGGUGUCUCUCCCCAUGUGGCCAAACAUAGCAGCUGGUGUAGCUGCUGGUGGAUUAAUCAGCAAAGUUCUUUUGGCAAAUGCAGAUGCUUUAUGUGCUGCUGCAUCCCCAUUAAUGGACCUGGAUGAUUCUUGUUUAGAUGGUUAUGAAGAAAGAUGUACCAUGAACAACUACUUCGGAAUAGGAAUUGAUGCUAAGAUUACCUUGGACUUUCACAACAAGAGAGAAGAACACCCAGAGAAAUGUCGUUCCAGAACAAAAAACUUCAUGUGGUAUGGUGUCUUGGCUUCCAAGGAAUGGCUAUGUAAAACAUACAAAAAUCUUGAUCAACGUGUGCAGUUGGAAUGCGAUGGUGAAAGAAUCCCCUUGCCAUCACUUCAAGGCAUUGUUGUACUUAAUAUUCCUAGCUUCAUGGGUGGAACAAAUUUUUGGGGCGGCACAAAAGAAGACGACUGUUUCCUGGCUCCAAGUUUUGAUGAUAAAAUUUUAGAAGUUGUUGCAGUGUUUGGGUCUGCACAGAUGGCUGCCUCUCGCAUAAUCAACCUACAGCAUCACAGAAUUGCUCAGUGUUCUAGUAUAAAAAUAACAAUUUUAGGGGAAGCAGGUGAAGAAGGUGUACCAAUUCAGGUUGAUGGAGAAGCCUGGACGCAACCUCCUGGAAUCGUUAGGAUUGUUCACAAGAAUAGAGUUCAAAUGCUUUGUAGAAAUAGGGAUUUGGAAGUUUCCCUAAAGGCCUGGGAAGAAAAGCAGAGGAGUAUAGGAAAUCAGACAAAGCAGCCAACAUUGUUAGCAGAUGAGGAAUUGCCUAUUCUUGCAAUCCUUGCUUUGACGGUUGGAGAAGUUAUAAGUAGUGUACAGAUGGCAGCUAUAAAUACCCCAAACUUAGAAACUACUCUAACAGAUUUGGUAUCAUCAGCUCAAGUUUGUCUGGAGAAAAUCUGGAGAGAUGGCAAGGUUAUUGAAAGUCCAAAUUUGCGGAUGUUGGCAACUGAGCUGGUUACCAGCGUACGGAGUCUACACACAGAAAUAAUUACUAUAUUAAAGGAUGAGUCUUUAGCUUUGAACCAGACUGUAAUAGAGAGUCUAAGGGAGGCUGUAACCCAAUUAGAUGGUACAUUGAAACAUGCACAUGAGAAAGAUCACUUGAUGCACUUUUGUUCUGAAGAGGAGGUGAGGCCACUUUUCACCUUUUUUAAUUCAAAUUAA